UAGAGGAAAGAGAAACUGGGAGAGGAAGGAAGAGAGAAAGAAAGAAAAUCCAAAAGAGAGGGGAGGAAACGGCAGACGUGGAGGGCCAGAGAGAGAGAAAGAGGAAGAGAUUGAAUGUGAGGGAGAGAGACAGGGCAAGACAGGGAAAGAAUGAGAUAGAGACUUAGGGAGGACUCUGAGAGUCCUAGAGAAAAAGAAAGAAUUGGACAGAAACAAAGACUGGGAGAGACAGUGACGGAGGGAGAGUAUGAGUGAAGGAGAGACUGGAAGACAGAGAUUGAAGAGAGGGAGACAGAAUGUGAGGCUGGGAGAAAGACAGUCUAAAAGAAAGAUAGGGAGAGUGUGAGCAUUAGAAACAAGAAAGAGACAAACAGAGAGGGUUCAGUGACCUGGUAAGAAGAGACGGAGAAGUAUGAGAGACAGCACCUAAGGAGGUAGGAGACUAUCCUCUUGCCCCCUGUCCUUGGAACCCAAGAGCUGGCCCUCAAUGGAGGAGAGCAGACCUCGGAGCAGCCUCAGCCUGGCCAGCAGUGCCUCCACCAUCUCCUCACUCAGCAGCCUGAGCACCAAGAAGCCCACGAGGGCAGUAAACAAGGUCCAUGCCUUUGGAAAGAGGGGCAAUGCACUCAGAAGGGACCCCAACCUCCCUGUGCACAUCCGAGGCUGGCUUCAUAAGCAGGACAGCUCCGGGCUUCGGCUCUGGAAACGCCGCUGGUUUGUCCUCUCUGGCCAUUGCCUCUUCUAUUACAAGGACAGCCGCGAGGAGAGUGUCCUGGGCAGUGUCCUGCUCCCCAGCUACAAUAUUAAGCCAGAUGGGCCAGGAGCCCCCCGAGGACGGCGCUUCACCUUCACUGCAGAACACCCAGGUAUGAGGACCUAUGUUUUGGCUGCUGACACGUUGGAGGACCUGCGGGGCUGGCUCCGUGCUCUGGGCCGGGCAUCCCGCGCGGAGGGGGACGAUUGUGGGCAACCCAGGUCACCCACACAUCCCCAGCCUGGGGAGGGACCUGGUGGUCCUGGUGGUCCUCCAGAGGUGAGCAGAGGGGAAGAGUGUUACAUCUCAGAAUCACCAGAGCUGGCUCGAUUCUCCAGAGUUCGCGGUAGAUCCAGGCUUCUCACUCCCAGCCCCACAGCUGACCUCCAGUCUGGACUUCGGGUUCAGAGGGCCAGGAGCCCAGACCUGUUCACACGUCUCUCAUGCUCACCCUCCCCUCUGAGCCUCCCCAGACCCCAUUCUGCUCCUGCCCGGCGACCCCCUCCCUCCUCAGGAGACACAGCACAGCCUGCCCGACCUCAUACCCCUCUUAGUCGCAUUGAUGUCCGGCCUCCUCUGGAUUCAGCCCCUCAACGCCAGACCCUCUCCCGACCUCCCACACCCCGCCGAGGACCUUCCUGUGAGGCUGGGGGAGGAAGACCUCCCAGGAGCCCCCAGCCCUGGAGUCAGGAGCCCAGAACACAGACACCCUCUGGCUCCUCCACUUAUCUCCAGCUGCCCCCACGGCCUCCUGGGACACGGGCCUCCAUGGUUUUAUUGCCAGGUCCCCCCCUGGAGUCAACCUUCCACCAAAGCUUGGAGACAGAUACCCUGUUGACCAAGUUGUGUGGGCAGGACCGGCUCUUGAGGAGGCUGCAGGAGGAGAUAGACCAGAGGCAGGAAGAGAAGGAACAGCUAGAAGCAGCCCUGGAGUUGACCCGGCAACAGCUGGGCCAAGCAACCAAGGAGGCUGGAGCUCCAGGAAGGGCCUGGGGUCGCCAACGGCUCCUGCAGGACCGACUGGUCAGUGUGAGGGCCACCCUUUGUCAGCUGACUCAGGAGCGAGAGCGGGUUUGGGACACGUACAGAGGCCUAGAACAGGAGCUGGGCACCUUAAGAGAGACCCUCGAGUACUUGCUGCACCUCGGGUCUCCUCAGGACAGAGCAUCUGCUCAGCAGCAGCUGUGGAUGGUAGAAGACACACUGGCAGGUCUGGGUGGUCCCCAGAAACCACCCACCCACACUGAGCCUGAUCCCCCAUCUCCUGUGCUCCAAGGCAAGGAGUCCUCAGAGAAGGAGAGCCUGCUUGAGUCCUUGGAACUGAGUUCCUUUCGGUCCCCUGAGGCUGACUGGGGGCGGCCCCCCGGGGGUGACAAAGACCUGGCGAGCCCUCCCUCAGGUCUUGGGUCUCCGAGGAUCUCCCGGGCUUCCACUCCUGAGGGUCACCAUCUUUCUUCCCCACAGCUGGGAAACAAGGCCCCCAUGGCCCGGCCCCGGAUGAGUGCUCAGGAGCAGUUGGAGCGGAUGCGCAGAAACCAGGAAUGUGGACGGCCUCUCCCCCGCCCUGCCUCCCCCCAGCUCCUCACCCUGGGGAGAACCCUGUCCCCAGCCAGACACCAACCUGAAAUGGAGCAAAGGCCUGUCCUAGGGCACUCGGGAGCCCAGAAGUGGCUCAGAAGCUCUGGGUCCUGGAGUAGUCCGAGGAAUACCAUCCCUUACUUGCCGACAUCUGGAGGCCACCGGGAGCGGGUCCUCAGCCUCUCGCAAGCCCUGGCCACUGAGGCGUCGCAGUGGCACAGAAUGAUGACGAGAGGUGGAAAUCUUGACUCACAGAGAGACCCUGUCCCUCCUGCGCCGCCGCCUCCGACGGAUCUUACAACCCAGGAGACCCCUCCAAGAUCUCCUCGGGUGGCUAAUUCCAGUACUUCAGGGUUCUCCCGUGGAGGUAGUGGACAAGGCGGAGGCCACGCCCCCUGGGAGUCCGCGUGGGAUUCCGGGACGGUCUCCGGAGCCCUGACCCAAGAUGAGGGGGCGUGGCCUCUGCGAGUCACUCUGCUACAGUCCAGCUUCUAACCCGCCCAAGCGCAACAGCCAAUCGGUGCGGGAGAGCAUGGCCUGGAGAAACCUUAAGGGCAUCUGGGGGCGUGGUGUAUCCCAUUACGUGUCCUCGGAGGGGACUGGUUUCUAGGUUCCAAGAUGGUUUUCCCAAUACUGUCCAAAUUUGGAUUAAAACUUUGAAGUCUUUA